UUUACUUAAUACUUUGUGGUAAAGAAAGUUGAAGAUCAACAAUUACCUAUCUCAAUAGUUUGAAAACAGUUAAAUAAGUGUGAGAGUGCGUGAUAAAGAUAUCAAAAUGAAAUUAGCAAUACCCGAAAUAUCUUGGCACAAUAGAGAUCCCGUUCUCAGUGUAGACUUUCAGCCGAAAUCGGAACCCAACGAUCCGCUUCGUCUUGCCACUGGAGGCACCGAUUCCCACGUAUUAAUAUGGUACAUUUCAACCAAAGACUCGGGGUCUGUAAACUUGGAAAUAGCAGCAGAUCUCACAAAGCAUCAGAAGGCAGUAAAUGUGGUGCGGUGGUCACCCAACGGUCAAUACCUGGCAUCUGGUGAUGAUGAAUCAAUCAUAUUUGUGUGGAAACAGAAAAUAGAGGAACCAGCACCUCCCUCGGAUGGUGAGGAACAGUAUAAGGAGACUUGGGUUGUUCAUAAGAUUCUCAGAGGUCACAUGGAAGACAUCCUGGACCUCAGCUGGAAUAGCUCCUCCACUCAGCUGGCGUCAGGCUCGGUGGAUAACAAGCUGCUGGUGUGGGAUGUGGCGCGCGGCCGCCACACGGCCAUACUGACGGACCACAAAGGGUUCGUGCAAGGCGUGGCCUGGGACCCGCGGGGACAGCUAAUCGCCACCGCUAGCACCGAUAGGGUGUUCCGAACGUUCGACGUGGCCAGCAAGAAAGUUGUGUCGCGCAGCAGCAAGGCCGUGUUGCCGUUCCCGGCCGGUCACCCGCUCUGUUGCAGCAGCGUGCGGCUCUACCAUGAUGACACUCUGCAGACCUACUACCGGAGGCUGCACUUCAGCCCUGAUGGACUGCUCAUUGCUGUGCCGGGCGGCAGCGUGGAGCCGGAGCAGGCCAAGGUGGACAUGAAGCCCCUCAACGCGGUCUACAUCUACACCCGAUACUCCUUGAAAGUGCCAGCGUGCGUGCUGCCGUGCGGCGCGGCGGCGCUAGUGACGCGUUGGUCGCCGCGCCGGUACGCGCUGCGCAGCGGGCCGCAGGCUGCCUUCCCGGUGCCGCACCGCAUGGUGCUGGCCGUCGGCACCAAGCGCUCCCUGCUGCUGUACGACACGCAGCAACGCACGCCGCUCGCUGUCGUCACCAACAUGCACUACACGAGGCUCACAGACCUGACGUGGUCUCCGGACGGCCUGCUGCUGGUGGCGUCCAGUACGGAUGGAUUCUGCUCCGUGGUGUCCUUCGCCGCCGGAGAGCUUGGCGAGGUGUUACCUGAACAAGUCUCCGAGCCAUGCCCAGAACCAAUGGAAGGUACUGAAGAACCACAAAACGAAAAGGAAACCCCAGACGAAGCAAAAGAAGCCAAACCCAAAACAGAUACAAAACAGACGCACGACAUAUCUAAAAUAGACUCGUUCAUCAAAUUCAAGACCCCUGGGGGAAAAUCGCCUAAGAAACCAAAAAUCGACAAGAUACAGCAGAAAACGCCAGUGAAAUACGACGUUUUGGUCGAGACAGCCAUGCAGUCCUGGUCCGACAACUCCAGCAACGAUAUGAUAAAACCCAAGGAAACAGAACCUAUGGACGUUGACACACAAGACAUAGUGGUGAUCGAGGACAGUGAGGAUAUCAAACUGGUCUAUGAAGAAACACAAACCAAAACUGAUACACAAUCACCGAAAGAUGACGACGAGAAAUGUCCUCAAAAGUACGAGACAGUAUCAAAAGAUAAUAAAACUAAUCCUGAAUCAAAUGACAAAGAAAGUGAAAAGGAAAGCAAAUUCGAUGCAAAGGAAAGUGAAAAGAAACCCAACACAGACGAAAGUAAAGUAGACGAAUCGAAAGUCGUUGACAAAGAAUUAAAUAGAUCCCCUAAAAAAAGAAUGUCGCCCAAACAAUGUGAUACACCAAGUUCAAAGAAUGAGAGCAGUUUCCUGAAGCAAGCCAAAGUGACGGACGUGAAGGAGCCGGCCGCGGCGCAGGCGGCGCCGAGCCCGAAGGCGCCUCGGAGAGUCAGCUUUGUGACGCUGUCGAGCCCUAAAAAUGCUAAGAAAAAAUGUUAAAUAAUAAAAUGUGUGUGCAAAUGAAACCCAGCUUUAAUAUCUUUGACAUACGAUUGAAAUCGGUAUUCUAGACUUUGUUCAGAAAAGUCAAAUCCGCCGCGAGUGUUUUCGCCCAUAUUAUGUUGUAUUAGGGGAACUCCAUUCCCUUCUAGCACUCGCUCUGAAGUUCGCGCUGUUAGACCCAAAACCUUGAUUAUCAUAAAAAUAAGUCCCGAAAGUUUGUUGAAGUUGCGUUACUUUUGUAAAUUCCAUUACUAGUUAGCAUUCGACUGUAAUCUCGGACGUAAGUGAUGAUGCAGUAGAUGGAAGCGGGCUAACUUGGAAGCACACCGCACCGCAAGAGUCUGAACU